UUCUCUCUAAUAGGACACAACUUAAUCAUAAAUUGAUAGAAAUGCUGAAAGCGUCUAAAUUCUAAAGCAUCACAUGAUAGGUGUAGUGCAAUUCUAGUAAUCUGCAAAUAUUGCAACCGAUCCAGCAUGAAAAUAUGCAUCGUGUGUUACUGACUUAACAUUCAAUUGUCUUAUUUGAUUGCUAGUCAUCAGCCAGUCAUUGCCAGCAAUUGUCAGUCUGUCAGUCUGUUAGCGUAUAUGUGAUGUUUUUAAAGAUUUGAUAAAGUUUAUGGUUACGUAUAAUAAAAUCGUGUAUAAGAUUGUACGUGAAAAAGAAUCAAAAAAUUGAAAAUAAAUUUUGUAUUUGAAUCAAUUUGUUGACAAAGCGUGCUGCUUCGAGUAUGGUUUAUGUAACGGACGAUGGUGACGUGGUAAAAUCUGCUCCAUGGGGAUUAAGAAGAAUUUUCGGUUUCUUUACAGGAGUAAUUUAUAUGAUUAUCAUGUUCUUUCAGACAUUGGUCAAUCCUGGUAUGAAUAGAUUAGGAAGUCAAUAUUCAAGGGAUUAUCGUCCAGAUUCUGGACCACGUCCUCCAAUGCGUAGACUUGGUAGACCAAACACGGGAAACAAUGUUGACAUUCCAUUUUUUGGAGGUUGUAGCAGUUGCGCAAGAUGA